GGUUACCAAACAGCAAGGUAAGGCUGCCUGUGAAGGCGUGAAGGGUCCUUUCUGUUCGGGCCUGCUCUGUGGGACAUUUUGGACAGGACUGUCUAAGUGUUUGUUUUCGGGGGGGACUGUAUCUUGUUCACGACCAGAGGAGACGUUCAGCCGGUGAGAUGGCACACCGGUUCCUAGCACGCAGAAUCUGGACGCUCUCCGUGAAAGACGUCCGCUGCCUCCCGUCGUCCGCCGUCACCUCGUCUUCGUUUUCCACCUCCCUUCAUCCUGUCUCAAGCCGAGCGUCCUUCCUCGCCCCGUCUCGACCGCUCGCCUUUUCUUACGCCGUCCGCCGGGCGGUCUCCUUCAACGUUCAGGACACUGAGGACUUCACGGAGAGGGUCAUCAACAGUGACCUGCCCGUGUUGGUCGACUUCCACGCACAGUGGUGUGGUCCCUGUAAGAUCCUCGGGCCGAGGUUGGAGAAGGCCGUUGCAAAACAGAAAGGCCGCGUUGCCAUGGCAAAAGUUGACAUCGACGAUCACACAGACUUGGCUAUUGAGUACGGGGUGUCUGCUGUUCCUACGGUCAUCGCCAUGAGGGGAGGAGACGUCGUCGACCGCUUUGUUGGGAUCAAAGAUGACGAUCAGCUGGACUCAUUUGUCUGCAAAGUCAUUGGACAAUAAACCGGCAGUCCCCCCACCUAGCUGUACACCACCAUUAUGGUGCUGUUACCUAAGAUUAUGGCAUGUCAGGCAGGCAGUACCGCAGUCCCACUUGGCCAAGUCUUUAACGCUCACACUCAUCUCUAGACAAUCUGCUUCGGAUUGUUGCUUCGAUCUUUUUCUUUUUUUUUCUUGGUCCAGUGAUGGGUGUUUGCAUUUUAUGACCGAGUAUUAGGUCCAUACUAAGAAAAAAAGUAAAUAAAUUUGAAAGUAGUCAUACAAUUACAACAAAAUAAAAUCAUAUUUUGAGAAUAAAGCAAAUAUAAUACAAAAGUAAAGUUGUAAAAUAGUUAUUUUCGAAGUAAUCCCAAUAUUAUGAGAAUAUAGUCAAAAUAUUACAACUAUUCUUGUAAUUUAGUGACUUUAUUCUCAUAAUACUAUGACUUUAUUCUCUUAAUGUUACAACUCUAUUGUCAUAAUUUAAUAUUUUUACUAACUUAGCAUGGCCCUAAUUCUCUGUCGUGGUUUUUCAACGUUUUAGCAAAUUUUGUUUUGCAGUCUCUGAAAAAUGUGAUGGCUCCAUGAAUCUAUUCUAGUAGAAAUGCCCAGCUGUCACUGUGGGGAAAGAUGUUCGCUGGUAUUCACACAAUGGAUGGACAUUUAUAGUUUUAACGGUGGAGAAGUUUUGAUUGUAAGAAGAUAAUGAAUACGUGACACUGUUACCUGUAAUUCCUGCUUUUGUCCACAAGAGGGUGGUAUUUCUCUAACAUCUUCCGGGUACACCAUUGGUCAUUUUACACCGUUAAGCCUCAUAAUCUGAGAAGAUGGAUGUGGGUGUGGAUGUGUGUGUGUGGGUGUGUGUGUGUACGUACUUCUGUGUCCUGACUGUGAACCUGAAGGCAAGCAGGAAUUGCAAACAUGAGCUUAGUUUUAGUUUAGUACUAAAAUGGACUUUAUGUACAAACACAUGACCAAGUGAAGUAAUAAAGGAGUCGAGAUGUUCUAUAUUUAAAGAAGGUGGAUUUAUUAUGCCUAUUGCAGCAUGAAUAAAUGAUAUCCUCCCCCUAUUCCAAAGCC